CUCAAAUCUUUCAUUCAUCGACAUGGCAUCAACUCGAAAAAGCUUCAUCUUUAUCUUUACGGUCUUGAUUAACCUUGUGAUAUCACACGCAUUCACGGGUACAUAUGGAGUGAAUUAUGGGAGGAUAGCUGACAACAUUCCACAUCCGGAAAGCGUGGUGACUCUUAUGAAAGCAUCCAAGAUCAUGAACACGCGAAUCUUUGAUGCUGACCACGAGGUUCUCAAAGCAUUUAAGGGGUCCGGCAUCGAGAUAAUGAUUGGGCUCGGGAACGAAUUCUUAACAGACAUAAGCAUAAACGAAGAUCGAGCAAUGGAUUGGGUGAAAGAAAACGUCGAGCCUUUCGUACCCGGGACCCGCAUUGUCGGUAUCGCGGUCGGAAACGAAAUUUUAGGUGGCGGUAAUCAAGAACUUUGGGAGGUGUUACUUCCGGCCGUGAAAAAUGUCCAUAAUGCCCUUGUCCGGCUUAAUUUAGCAGACAAAGUGAAGGUCUCGAGCCCACACUCAGCUGCGGUUUUCCAAAUCUCAUACCCUCCAUCAGCAGGCGAGUUUAAGGAGUCCGUACUUCCCUACAUGAAACCGCUCCUAGAUUUUUUCUCACAAAUUAAGUCUCCGUUUUACAUAAACACCUACCCUUUUCUUGCAUACAUUAGUGACCCUGAACAUAUUGAUCUCAAUUAUGCCCUUUUUAAGAAGAAUCCCGGGGUUUACGAUCAGAAAACUAAACUGCAUUAUGAUAAUAUGUUCGAGGCUCAAAUUGAUGCAUCGUAUGCUGCAUUGGAGAAAGCCGGAUUUGAGAAGAUGGAGGUGAUAGUAUCAGAAACGGGUUGGGCUUCACAUGGUGACCCAAAUGAAGCAGCGGCUACAUUAGCAAAUGCAAGAACCUACAAUAUGAACUUGCGCAAAAGGCUGCUUAAAAAGAAGGGUACCCCUUACAGACCAAAAAUGGUGGUGAAGGCAUAUGUGUUCGCCAUGUUCAAUGAGAACCUAAAGCCUGGGCCAACUUCGGAGAGAAAUUUUGGCCUGUUUAAAGCAGAUGGGAGUGUUUCUUACAGUAUCGGGUUCACAGGACUCGUACCUUCAUCAGCGACAUCUGUCUUUUCCUUGAAAUUGAUGUAUGCCAUAUCUGCUGCGGCUCUGGUGCUGAUUGUAUCUUUGUGAAGAACUGAAACGUGUUCGGGUGUCUGAAGAGGGGAUUAAAUUGGACACCGUGAUGUGAAGUUUGUAGGACACAGGGAGAUAUUAUUUGGGAUUUAUAAAAUUGUUGUCAAUAUGCAGUCAUCC